GUGAUCCGGGCUUUGGAUGUGCUGUAGCCAGCAGCCAUCUAGCCCCGCGGUGCUACUGUUGUGCUCCUCUCUGUGUGACCGUUAACCGGGCUACCUGGCCCUGGAGUCUCUGGGAAGCCAUCCGCUCAUUGACCACCUGCAGUGCGUCCUGCCUCCACCCAGUCCGCAGCGCUGACCCCCUCCCCCCCAGCUGGAGCUGUUUCCCGGUGUGCUGUGCGUUCCCCGGGACCGGGACCGGGACAUGGCUGCCCAUUGAACUGGGAGCACGUUUUACUCUUCAGUGGCAACAACUUGUCUCUGUGGGAUGUGGGACUAGACGAACCCGUGAAGCGUACAUGAAGAUUCCCUGGAGAGAAAUCCCGAGCCGGGUGAACAGCAGCUUGUUGAAGCAGGCAGACGAUGCCGUCAUUAAUUCCAAUCUGAGGAUGAAGUGCAGACUGCAGCUUUCUAAGGCGGCGCUCAUCUGAGGUUGGAGAUGGGCCAGCCCCAGUCUCUUCAGCUCAAGGAGGCGAUGCGGGAAACGGCGUGGAGGAGACAUAGACUGCAGCCCUGAGCAGGUGCACUGCUGUAGGGAGGAGCACGGCCCUCCUGCCGCCCUCCUGCGGCCCCCUGUGGCACCCUGGGACGCUUGAACUAAGAUGUCCCUCAGCAGCAGCCCUGCAGGUGGGAAAGGCGUGGACUCCAAUGCGGUGGACACUUACGACAGUGGCGAUGAGUGGGAUAUUGGUGUUGGAAAUCUGAUCAUUGACCUGGAUGCUGAUUUAGAGAAGGACAAGUUAGAGAUGUCAAGCACUAAGGAGGGAGGAAGCAUGGUUGCUCCUCCUGGUGCUGUGGCUACUUUACCUGACAACAUAAAGUUUGUCAGUCCUGUACCUGCCAUGCAGAGCAAAGAUGGCAAAUCCAAAUCAAAGCGUAGUAAAAACAACAAAGAAUGUGGAAAGACCACAGUCUUAGAUGGAACCAAGAAGGAGGCCCAAAGUAGGGCCCAGGGAGACUUGGCACCCCAGAACUCCAACUCUUCCCCAACUAAGGGAACUGAUAAGUCUGCUAAAUCCUCCCGUAUCCCCCCUGCUGUAAAAAAGGACAAAGAUACGAUUUGCAUGAAAAGUAAAGAGAAGAAAAUAGAAGCUGUAGCUACAAGAAUGGUUAACACUGAAAGGGAGUCUGGUGUCCCUAUUCUGCCUCUUGGAGCCCCUCGGAACAGCUCAUUUGAGAGUCAGCAAACCCCCGACCUAAACCCUGUGGACCAGUUUGGGAACCUGACUCUGGACUCUGCAGGGAUGGGCCAGUCUGUCAUGAUGACAGAGCAGGAGGAGGUAGAAGACGGUGACUGCCGAGAUCUGAAGAAACCUGUCAGUUGUGAGAAGAUGGAAUCGUAUUCCACCUCUGCUCCUCCUCCUCUACACCUGCUUGGUCCUCCUGCUAACAGCGGUGACAUCUCUUCUCCUUGUGAGCAAAUCAUGGUGCGCACGCGUUCAGUUGCGGUGAACACAGCGGAGGCAGCGCUGGCCACCGAGCCAGAAUGUCUUGGGCCAUGUGAGCCUGGCACCAGUGUCAAUCUGGAAGGAAUUGUCUGGCAGGAGACUGAAGAUGGUAUGCUGGUUGUUAAUGUCACCUGGAGGAACAAGACAUACGUUGGGACUCUUUUGGACUGCACAAGACACGACUGGGCCCCGCCAAGGUUUUGCGAGUCCCCCACCAGUGACUUGGAGAUGCGAAGUGGCCGUGGGCGAGGGAAAAGAAUGCGACCUGGCAUCAACGCACCACUGAACGACAACAGCUACUCAUCAGACAGCAAAGGCAGUGGAAGCAAGACCCGCGGUGCUGCUGCAAACAGCAAAGGACGACGGGGCCUAGGGGUAGGUUGUGGUGAGGAUGCAAAGGCCUGCCCAUCCUCUGCCAAGAGGAAAACUAAACCUGUGUCUGACAUGGAACCUACCUCCAGCUCCGAGGACUCUAAAGCUUCAAAGCGCAUGAGAACCAACUCUACUGGUGUUGGGAACCCUCUCCAUGUUGGGAAAACAGAAGUCCUGCCCCCUCCACAACUGGAGCAGACUUGUCCUUCUCCUAUACUCAUUGAUUGUCCCCAUCCAAACUGCAACAAGAAAUACAAACACAUUAACGGACUGAAAUACCACCAGGCUCGGGCCCAUAAUGACCACGACGUACGUUUGGACCAAGAUGGGGACAGUGAAUACGGGGAUGACUCGUUUCUCCAGCAUGACCCAACUUCCUGUAAUGGUGCUGCUUUCUCCCCUGCCCGCUCCAACACUCCCAAAGGACGGGCGUUUGAUGCCCCCUCUCCCUCGUCAGGAAAGCAGAUAUCAAAAGGGAAAAAGAAGGCAGGGGAGGGCGAGCCUGAGGCCACCGAUGGCGGUGAGGAGGGGGCAUGUCUGACCGAUGAGGCCAGCAACGAUGGAGUUGAUGACAGAAAGGCCAGAAGAUUGUCAGCCGGCAGCAAACCAGAUAAACCGAGUCAGAAAGCUACCAAGACAGGCCGGCCGUUGCCCCAUGUUGGCCUUGGGGUUGCUCCAUCGUAUUCCCCCCAGGCGUCUGCUGCUUUGAGCUCAGUGGUACAGUCUGUACCCAGCAGCCCCCAGAUGAAAAACAGCCAAACUAAACCCUCUCCACUCUCGGACCCUUCCUGCAGCCCCACGCUUGGUAAAGACAAGAAAAAGAAAGACAAAAAGAAAAGAGACAGCUGGAAGGAGGAGGAUAGUCCCGUGGCGACGAGUAAAGCAGGGAGGCCAGAAGAGGGGAAAAGUCCGUUCUCUGAGACCACUGAUAGUUUGCUUAACGGCUGUGUGGAAGCUCAUCAGAACCGUUUGGCCAGCAUCAAAGCUGAGGCUGACAAGGUCUACAGCUUCUCUGACAAUGCACCUAGUCCAUCCAUCGGCGUUGCAAGCAGGAUAGAUGGUGGCCUAGCAACCCCAUUGCACUCCAACCAGAACGGCGCUGAUGACGUGUCCGUGAAGACCAGCAGCCCUGCUUACUCUGAUAUCUCUGAUGCAGGGGAGGAUGGAGAAGGGAAGACAGAGGGCAUGAAGGUCAAACCAGAUCCUGAUCAGGGACCUCGCGAAGGUGCCAAGAAAGCACUGUUCCCUCCUCAGGCUGUUCCCUCCAGUAAAGAAUCACCAUACUACCCCAACUAUGACCCUUACUACUCCCCAAGCUACCCAAACCCCAGCCCAGGAGCAGCACCUGGAGCAACAGCUCAUAUGGAGGCAACACAGGUGAAGGUGAAAAAGGAGGAAGAGCUGCAGGUAGGAGAGGAGGGCAAACCUAAGGCUGAACCUCAAGAAGAGAGGAAGGCUGACAUGGGUCCUCAGCAGCCAUCAGUUAUUCAGCAGCGCUCCAACAUGUUCUCCCAACCUCUGUACUACAACCAAUACUAUGUGGCCCCCUACGCUUAUGCCUCUGAUCCAGCCUACCACAGCCACCCGCUAGCCUCCAACCCUGCUUACCGUCAGCAAUAUGAAGAGAGGCAGCGGCAAGCUGACAAGAAGCUGGAGGGAAAAGACCAUGACAGUUUUAGUAAAGACGAGUGGAAGCAGAAGGCCCCAGUUCCCCCUUCCGUCUCAGGUGCUCCUGGCCUCACGGACCUAGGCGCCAAAGGAGUAGUCACCUCAGCCAAGCCUAAAGAUCCCGCAGUUGCUUCAGAACAGGCCACAUCAGUCAUUAUGGCUAAAGGAGAGGAUAUUAAAGUCCCCAGCUCCCAGGCUGAAGGUCUCAAGAUGAAACUGAGUGAAACGGGUCACCAUGUGAAAGAGGAGGCUAAAUCUGGGAUGGAAUUAAGCAGAUCAACAGGUGUGGAUUCUGCCAUGUGGUACAGACAGGAGCCAGACUCACGCUUGUGGCCCUAUGUGUACCCCAGUAAAUACUCAGAAGCUUCCAGACUCCAAGAAGAAGAGAGGUGGAAAGAUGAGAGGGACCGAGACAGGAAAGCCAAGGAGGAUAAGCCACGGGCAAAGGAGGGCCUUCAAAAGGAUGAGGUGAAAGAGGGAGCAGAAUGCAGGAUGCCGCUGCCCCCAGAGGAGCACCAUAGUGGGGGAAAGGAAGCACGGGUCCCCCACAUGCAAUUUCCCUCCCCUCUGGCCCAACAUCAGAGCUACAUGCCCUACAUGCAAGGACCUUACGCCUACAGUCAGGGCUUUGAUCCCAGUCACCCCGGGUACAGAGGCAUGCCUGCAGUUAUGAUGCAGAACUACCCAGCUUCAUACAUGCCGGCUGGUUACCCUUUUUCAUCGUACGGAGGGAAAGUGGCAGCAGGGGAGGAUGGAGAGAAAACCUCCAGGUCAAGUCCAACUGUGAAGCCGCCCAGCGAGGCCAACGCUCUGGAGCGGCUGCAGCAGCAUGCCAGCCACUACAAGAGCAAGUCGCCUUCCAUUCAGGACAGCAAAACGCUGCAGGAGCGAGAGUGGGAAAGGGACAGAGACCGGGAGAGGGAGGGCGCUCGGCCUCGAUCUUCUCCUUCACAGCGUGUCAUGCCAUCCCAUCAUCACCUGGGAUACCCUCUGUUGUCAGGACAGUAUGACCUGUCCUACGCCUCAGGCCUCUCCUCUUCAGCCAUCGUUGCAAGUCAGCAAGCGUCUGCCCCGUCCAUGUACCCGCCUCCUCGGAGGUAAAACAGGUACUCUUGAUUGGCUGUCCUCGUCCCAUCUUAGUCAUGUGACUGGAUCACAUGAAAGUACGUCUCUGUGGUGACAUCACUUCAUGUUUGAAGUCUACAAACAUCUACACCUGAACAUUCAGCGAACUCCCUGCUGGACCAGACCAACACAGUUCUGCUGGUUCCAGGUGGCACAGCCAUCUCCACACUGAUCCGACAGCACAGGCUUUGGUUCUCAGACUGAUGGCACUGUGGAACUGGGAGGUGGAAACGGGUUCCACCGGUCACUGGAUCGUCUGAUGACCUUCAGGGUCCAACAAACUUUCCGAAGUAAAGGGAAGACUGCCAGUCCAUGUCAUUAACAGCCUUAAUUUGUUUAUCCCCAGCCCACUGUCGUCUCACUGGUUCAUCUUUUUAUUCUCAUCCUCAUACAUGUCAGAGUCCUCUGAGACUCCCCACGCUGGACUUUACAUGAUUACUUGAUCACCUGGAUGUCUCAUGAAAAAAAGGACUCACUGAGAACAUCCAGAAGCUGGAUGAGGAGAUGGUGUGUAAAUGUAAUGUAGUGUGUGAGUGUGUGCAUGUGUGUGUAAAUAUUGUACAGAGGAAUUAUUUUAAAGAGUCUGUUGGAUGAAUUUGGAUUUCUUACUCUUCCUUUUCUCUGUUAGCCUCUGUUUUUCUACUGUUGUUGAUCUGAUAUUAAACCUGUAGCUGUUGAAAAGCU